UGGCGGCCUCCCCUCCGCCUGGCCGGCGCCCGCCCACCGCCCACACGCGGCCGGGCCUGGCCUUUCCUAAAACCGAGUCGGUGUUGCCCGCGGAGGCGCUCUCCGCGCAAGCGGGGACUGCGGCAGCCACGCGUCAGACUCGGGGGCUGCAGCCGCGGCGUUGGGCCGAGCUGCUCGGUGGAGAGGCCGAGCCCCUGUAGUCACUCAGAGCUGGAGCGGGGAUGCAGAGUGGAGGCCUUGGCGGCGCUGGACUCAGCCUGAGCAGGGAACCUCGAAGCCUCCUCUCCAGUCAUGAGAGAAAGAAAAGUUGGGGCCCGGCGCGGGGUGCGGGCUUGGAAUCCCAGCACUUUGGGAGGCCGAGGCGGUAGGAUCGCCCGAGCUCAGGAGUUCAAGACCAGCCAGGCUUCUCCGGGGAAAGUGACUGAGGCAGUGAAAGUAGCCAUUGACGCAGGGUACCGGCACUUCAACUGUGCUUACUUUUACCACAACGAGAAGGAGGUUGGAGCAGGGAUCCGUUACAAGAUCAAGGAAGGAGCCGUAAGACGGGAGGAUCUGUUCAUUGCCAGUAAGCUGUGGUGCACCUGCCACAAGAAGUCCUUAGUGAAAACAGCAUGCAGAAGGAGUCUAAAGGCCUUGAAGCUGAACUAUUUGGACCUCUACCUCAUACACUGGCCCAUGGGUUUCAAGCCUCCUCAUCCAGAAUGGAUCAUGAGCUGCAGUGAACUUUCCUUUUGCCUCUCACAUCCUGGAGUGCACGACUUGCCUCUGGACGAGAGCGACAUGGUCAUCCCUGGUGACACGGACUUCCUGGACACGUGGGAGGCCAUGGAGGACCUGGUGAUCACCGGGCUGGUGAAGAACAUCGGAGUGUCAAACUUCAACCAUGAGCAACUUGAGAGGCUUUUGAAUAAGCCUGGGUUGAGGUUCAAGCCUGUAACCAACCAGAUUGAGUGCCACCCAUAUCUUACUCAGAAGAAUCUGAUCAGUUUUUGCCAAUCCAGAGGUGUGUCCGUGACUGCUUACCGUCCUCUUGGUGGCUCGUGUGAAGGGGUUGACCUGAUAGAUGACCCUGUGAUCCAGAGGAUUGCAAAGGAACACAGCAAGUCUCCUGCUCAGAUCUUGAUCCGAUUUCAAAUCCAGAGGAAUGUGAUAGUGAUCCCCGGAUCUAUCACCCCAAGUCACAUUAAAGAGAAUAUCCAGGUGUUUGAUUUUGAGUUAACACAGCACGAUAUGGAUAACAUCCUCAGCCUAGACAGGAAUCUCCGACUGGCCACAUUCCCCAUAACUAAAAAUCACAAAGACUAUCCUUUCCACAUAGAAUACUGAGGACAGCUUCCCAUUCCUUGUUUCUGCUCAGCCCAGAUGCACCAACGCCAUUGGUGAUGUUGACCCUUCUCUGUCAUCACAGCGCCAGGGCAGCUGUGCCUGGGAUGAGAGCCACACAGUCAGGGGGGCUGCAAGAGCCGCCUUCUCUGACACAUCUGGAGAAUUGAGUGUGUUCUAAGUGAAGGCAAUGGGGUUUCUCCAGGACAGCCUGUGUGGCCUCUACUCUGAAAAAAGACACUGAUGAUUGAUCAAUGAAAUUUGCCUUCACAUUUUAAGAAAACUUUAUCUUACGGAAUUAUUGAAGCCAUCUGCAGAGCUGAGGAAACAGUGUAAUGUGUCUCUGCCCCAUUGCCCAGCUCCACCAAUUGUGCCCCAGGCCAGCCCGUGUCACCUUCACUUCCUUCUCUGCCCUGCCAAUGACCCCCAGGUUAUUCUAAAGCGGAGUCCUUCCCUUCCCCCAUUGGGAAGUGAAAUGGGGUAAGUCUGGGACACUGUCAGAGUUCAAUAAAGAGGCUUUUUUCUUCCUUAAAAA